AUGACUCAGUUUCUUCAACGUGAAGACGGCACUGGAGACCCCUUAGACACUGCAGAAAUAAAAAUUGCUGCAUUCUGUGCCGAUCACAAAAUGGCCUACAAUGCAUUGAAUCACGUGUCAGACGUACUAAAAGAAUGUUUCCCUGAUUCCCGAAUUGCUCAAAAAAUGGCUGUGAAACGAACCAAGAGAACGGCAAUUGUCAAAAAUGUCAUUGGUGAGACGGAAAGGCGCGUACUUGCGGAGAAGCUGAAGAAGACUAAAUUCAGCAUUUUGACAGACGAAUCCACAGACGUUUUGGCUACUAAAACAAGUUGUUUGCUUGUGAGAUAUUUUGAUGAAGGAGAAGGCAAGGUUGUAUCGAAAUUUUGGGACUUGAUACAGGUUUUGGAACCUGGGAAGGUAACAAGUGCAACAGCAGAACACUUGUACAACAACAUCAUCAAAAGCUUCACAGAGCGAGGGGUUCCAAUGGAAAAUGUCGUAGGCUUUGGAUCUGAUGGUUGCAGGGUUAUGAUGGGUGUGCAGAACUCCGUUGCUAGUCGUUUGAAGCGAGAUUAUCCACACAUUACGAUCCUAAAGUGCAUUUGCCCCUCACUGCAUAUUUGUGCAAGCGAAGCUUGUAAACAAUUACCACGUAGUUGUGAAGGCGUAGCUCGCAAUAUCUAUAAUUUUUUCAAUAGCAAUUGUAAGAGGCAAAGUGAGUACGUGGAAUUCCAGAUGUUUACGAACGUUGAAAUCCACAAACUCUUGCAUCCAUCCCAAACACGUUGGUUGUCGUUAGCAUUAGUGGUAGACAGAAUUCUCGAACAAUGGCCUGCUCUGCUAUUGUUUUUCAAUGAUCAGUGGUUAGCACUCAAGUUGAAGGCGGCAGAGUCCGUUCACGAAAGUUUGAAUGAUCCGUUCAAUAAACUGUUCUUGUUCUUCCUGCAGUGGGUUCUCCCCAAAUUCACUGAAGUCAACAGAUCUGUACAAGACCCUCCUUUAUAG